UGCAGUGCAGGACCGGACUGCUGUGUGGGGACGUGAUGGCAGGUUCUAUGCUCCAGUUAAGGACCUCUGAGGAAGAAGAGAGCAGUUUAGAAAUUUGCCAGCUCAGACGGGCGGUGUUGCAAAACGAUGACAGGCGUCUGGACGAGAUGCUCUGUCAGGAGAUCUACAAGAAAGUCAUCAACUGCCGGGGCGGCUGGGGCAUCGCCGGCACGCCCCUCCACGCCGCCGUGUCCAAGGGCCACCUGGGCUGCCUGCAGGUCCUGCUAGCGCACGGCGCGCUGGUGGACUGCGUGGACGUGAAGGCCCAGACGCCUCUGUUCGCCGCCGUGCGCGGGAAAUACCUGGACUGCGUCUUGACUCUCCUCCGGGCCGGCGCCAACCCCAACGGGAACUCCUCCAACAACGGCUCCCCGGUGCUGACGGCGGCGCGGGAGGGCGACGCCGAGAUCCUGCGCCAGCUGCUCAUCCACGGCGCCGAGGUCAACUCCCGCUCCAAGGUCCUGCUCUGGACGUCCAGCGCCCGCGUGUCCAGCGGGCCGCUGUACCUGGCCGCCGUUUACGGACACAUGGAGUGCUUCAAGCUGCUGCUGCUGUACGGCGCCGACCCGGACUACAACUGCACGGACGCCGCGCUGCUGAACUCUGUGAAGCAGCCCAAGACGGUGCUGGAGAUGUGCCUCAGGCACGGCUGCGGCGUGGAGUACGUCCAGCUGCUCAUCGACUUCGGGGCUAACGUGUACCUCCCCACGCUGAUCAUCGAGAAGUCCACCAAGCAGAACGAGGCCGUGGAGCUGCUUCUGCGGGAAAGAGGAACCCCCAAAGCCUUGACCUCACAGUGCCGACUAGCUGUGCGAAGAUACCUCAAAAAGAUCGACAAGAUCCACUGCAUCGACCAGCUGGAAAUGCCAACAAGUCUCCUGAACUUCCUGCAGUUCAAAGCGGUCCCGCUCACCGUUCUGUAG